AUGUACAUCCACAGUUUAUACGUUCACCCAGUAAAGUCACUUCGUCCGAUUUCUGUGCAAUCCGCGAAGAUGACCGCAAUCGGACCAGAGCACGAUCGGGUAUUUAUGCUGCAGAAACAGGACGGGGACGCUUACAAGUUUAUGCGAAUUGCAGACUUCCCACAGUUAUCCUUAUUCCAUACUUCCUUCGGUGGCGAGGGCGAAAACGUAUUGAUAGUCACGUACUCCCCGCCCAAGGGAGAGAGCAGGGAACUGCGUAUUACCCUCCAACCAGAUACGUGCGGACUCGUAACUAGGGAGAUAGUGAUGUAUAGUUCGGCUUGCAUGGGGUACGAUAUGGGGGAUGGGUUCUCGGGGUUCUUUUCGGAUUGUCUUGGCUUUCCUACGAGGUUGGUCUAUCUAGGUUCGUCUCGCCGCCCGGUCAUAGGAAACAUUGCGCCUAUGGAGCGGCCGGGCGCGACCACCGGCUCCGCACGGGGGACCCAGACAAAUCAAAGGAAGAAGGUUGAAAUAUCGUUCGCUGAUUGCGCGCCAGUGAUGAUCACCAAUAUGGCUUCUCUUAGAUGUGUUGGUGACAUGAUUGGGGAGGAAAUGGAUGUUACUAAAUUUCGUCCAAACAUGGUGGUCGCAGGUGAGGAUGGGGAGGAAGUGUCUCGGUGGGAGGAAGAUUUUUGGGGAGAGCUGCUCGUGGGCGAUGACAAGAGGAUUAGCUUGACGGGGAAUUGCCCGAGGUGUACUAGCAUCAACGUCGAUUAUUCUACCGGCGGGGUGGUCCCUGCGGAAAAACAGCCUUUGAAAAAGCUGAUGAAAGACAGGAGAGUGGAUCCGGGAAUGAAGUACAGCCCGGUGUUCGGACGGUACGGGAUAUUCCCGGGUAAGCGCCAUUAA